GUUACACGCAUGUUAUAAUGUGGGCUGUGUGUUUUAUUGUAAAACAAUGCAAUUAGGGAAUGUCUGCUUUAUUAACUCCUGAAACAUAUACAGAUAUACAGGAAGCCAGUGUUCCAGCUCCAGAAACGUUUGUAGCUCAAUCUGUACUCCACCCGUAUUUACGGUAACUGUACUGCUGAGCAGGAUACAAGAUGGCGGCGCCCGUUAUAGAAACAUGCCAUAUAGCAUGUUGUGCAAAUCGUACCCCAAAUGUACUUUCAUGGGGUCGUGGGGGGCUCAUUGCAUAUGGAACAUGUUAUUCCGUCGCUCUCUACGACCCACUGGAGAAAGAAGUUGUUGCCGUCCUAAAUAGACAUACCGGAAGGGUGAACACUGUUCAGUGGGUACACAGGGAGGACUGUGGCACAGAGACUCAUCUGGUGUCCGGUGGGUCUGACAAUCGAGUGAUCGUGUGGGAGGCUGAGGAUGGAAAGUUUGGCGGGUUUGUUGGUUGGGUUGAGUGUGUUGGACACACUGGACCAGUGUGUGCCGUGGAUGCCAUUCACCUGGACAACAAUAAGCUACUCAUCGCAUCCACAGCCUCCGACUCCACUGUCAGACUAUGGCUUCACACUGGGAGUAAAGCCGAGUGCAUCCAGACCAUAUCGUUUGGGAACGGGUUCAUGAUGGAUGUCUCGCUUGCGUUGUUGCCAGGCAGCAGAGUUCCUGUAAUGGCCUGCGGGGGUGACGAUAGUAGGAUCCAUCUAUAUGUGAAGGGCAAUGGACAGUUCAAGGAAGUCCUGUCCUUGCAAGGACAUGAGGACUGGAUCCGUGGCGUGGAGUGGACGUGCGUGGACGGCGAUCUGCUGCUGGCCAGCUGUGCUCAGGAUUGUCUGAUCCGGGUGUGGAAGCUGGUUGCCAAGUCUGGUGCCGAGGGCGACCAUCUGGAUGUGUGCACCAUCAGGAUGUGGGAGGACGUCUUCACACUGACAGAGAGCGAUGCCUCCUCGUUGUUUGCAGUGACGCUCGAGACGGUUCUGGCCGGCCAUGAGAACUGGGUUUAUGGAGUACAUUGGCAGCUGCCUGUCAUCAAAGGUGGCAGACCGCAACAGUCCCUGAGUCUGCUCUCUGCCUCCAUGGACAAGACCAUGAUCCUCUGGGCUCCGGAGGAGGGCUCUGGCGUGUGGGUCGAGCAGGUGCGUGUGGGGGAGGUGGGGGGAAACACGUUGGGAUUCUAUGGCUGCCAGAUUAGUCCUGAUGGGUCCAUGAUCUUGGCCCACGCAUUCCAUGGAGCAUUGCAUCUCUGGGCCCGUGGCCAACAGGGAGAUUGGAGCCCUGGCGUGGUGAUAUCGGGUCAUUUCAGCGCAGUGCAGGACCUGUGCUGGGACCCCGAAGGGGAGUUUGUCAUCAGUGUCGGGUCCGACCAGACCGCCAGGCUUCUCACACCCUGGAAGAGGAAGCACCAAACACAGGUACAGCCCUCCUGGCACGAGAUCUCCCGGCCCCAGAUCCAUGGUUAUGACAUGCAGUGCCUCGCCAUGGUGGGCCGCUUCCUGUACGUCUCUGGAGCCGAUGAGAAGGUGCUCCGGGUGUUCCGUGCCCCCCGGAACUUCGUGGAGAACUUUGCCAACAUUUCCGGCGCCCCUCUGGAAAGUCUGCUGGUCUCCGGCGACGCAGUAGAACUACCGGAAGGUGCCAGCACUCCUGCCCUCGGCCUCUCCAAUAAGGCUGUGUUUCAAGGCGAUCUGGCUCCCAAAACCAUUGAGGAGGAUCCGUCUGGGUUCAACGGUGUUUCCGACCAAUACCGAGAGUCAUACUUUCACCCUCUCACACUUACAGAACCACCUCCAGAGGACCAUCUCCUCCAAAACACACUGUGGCCCGAAGUCCAGAAACUGUAUGGACAUGGUUUUGAGACGUUCUGUCUGGCAUCUGACAGCCAGAGGACAGUGGUGGCGUCUGCGUGUAAGGCUUCUAAGGCUGAGCAUGCUGCGGUGUUGCUGUGGAGCGCCACCUGCUGGCGCCAGCUGCAGGCUCUGCCCUGCCACAGUCUCACAGUCACCCAGAUGUCUUUCUCCCCCGAUGGGCGCUUCCUGCUGGCCGUGUCACGUGACAGGACGUGGUCGCUGUGGAGACGGGAUAGUUUGCCCGACACAGAACCCCAUUUCUCUCUGUUCACGCACACUGGGAAGGACACCGCCGUGCACACACGCAUCAUCUGGUCAUGUGACUGGACCUCCGACAGCAAGUUCUUUGUGACGUCGAGUCGAGACCGGAAGGUGAUCGUCUGGGGAGAAUGCAGCAGGCCAUCAGACUGUCCUGAUGAAGGCCCGGGUAUCCAGCCCUGUUCCUCCAUAUUAGAUGUCAAGGAGUCGGCCACGGCGGUCUCCGUCUGCCCGUUCCUCUGCCCUGACCUCAGUUACCUGUUGGCAGUGGGGCUGGACAGCGGUCGGAUUCUGUUGUAUAAGUGGACACCCAGUGGGGGGUCUAUUGGAGCUGAAGCGGCAGACUGGAGCAGAUACGGAGAGACGGACGUCUCCCAGAGUCACACACUAACGGUGAAGAGGCUGCGCUGGAGGCCUCGGGUGGGCCGUGCCGGGCAGCGGGACGACGGCGUGGGUGAGCGCGCGCCGGCGGACGACGUCUGGGUGCAGCUGGCCAGCGCCGGGGCCGACAACUCUGUCAGAAUCUUCAGCGUCAACCGAGAAGCUGCGUAGCUGACACUGGGUCCGGCCCGGGCAUGGUGUCGCUCCCUGGGACUACGGGGCUGUCUGGAUCGGCGCUGGUCAUUCUCUGGGUCGUUCCGUUCACCCAGUGUGACUGCCGGCUGAUUCAGAUGAUACUAUGAGGCGGUCACCGGGUCUGGGCCCAAGCCUGCUUCCAAACGGCCUAGGCUGACUCUCCUCUCAGGAUGGACCUGGGUGCUUUAUUCAGACUGCAGUCCUCUAAUUUACUCGUGUUCCAAUUAUGAUCUGGGACUAAGGAUAUUAGGCUCACUGUUUUCAGCAUGCUUCUAGGUUGAAUUUUAUUAAUUUGUUAGGGCUCGGUAACUUUCAAAUCACUACUUAAGUCCCCUGGUUUUUGGAUUACCAUGUCUUAUUUCUUUGAGUCUGAAGUCCUAAAAAGAUGAUACGGGAAUGACAGUUAAUGUAUAGAGGGGAAAAGGUAACAUAAAUAAAUAAAGCUUCUUUUGUAUCUA